CGCGGCGAGGGCGCGGCGGGGGCGGGUGGGCGCCGCCAUUUUGCAGGAAGAGGGGUGUCCGGGCCUGUCAGCGGGGGGAGAGCAGCGUCUGCCAUGGCCAAUGUGCUCUGUAACAGAGCAAGAUUGGUCACCUACCUGCCAGGCUUUUAUUCCUUGCUCAGAAGAGUUGGGAAUGCCAAGGCUUUUUCCACUGCAGGAUCCUCUGGCUCAGAUGAGCCUCACGUGGCUGCUGCACCUCCUGAUUUAUGUCCCAGGACGGUGUGGCCGGACGAGCUGAUGGGGCCCUUUGGGCCGCAGGACCAGCGCUUCCAGCUGCCAGGGAACAUGGGCUUCGGGUGCCACCUGCAUGGCACUGCCAGCCAGAGAGCCCCGCCCGCCCAGAGCCUGCCCGACCUCCUGGCCGAGCCCUCGGCCAGCGAGAGGCACGAGUUUGUCAUGGCCCAGUACAUCAAUGAGUUCCAGGGUUCUGAUGCUCCCCAGAAACAGCAGGUCAAUAAUGCUGAAACCUACUUUGAGAAUGCCAAGGUGGAGUGUGCAGUGCAAGCCUGUCCUGAGCUGCUGAGAAAAGACGUGCAGGCGCUGUUCCCCGAGGCCAGCCCCCGGCGCCUGACGGUGCUCACGGUCACCCAGAGGAGCCAGCACGACAUGAGCGUCUGGAGCCAGGAGGUGGAGGAGGAGAGGGAGAUGCUCCUGGAGAACUUCAUCAAUGGUGCCAAGGAAAUCUGCUAUGCAAUUUCUUCUGAGGGCUACUGGGCUGAUUUCAUUGAUCCCUCCUCAGGACUGGCAUUUUUCGGGCCUUACACCAACAACCCCCUGCUGGAGACCGACGAGCGCUACCGGCACUUGGGCUUCGCCGUGGACGACCUGGGCUGCUGCAAGGUGAUCAGGCACAACCUCUGGGGCACCCACGUGGUGGUGGGCAGCAUCUUCACCAACGCUGAGCCCGACAGCCCCAUCAUGAGGAAACUCAGUGGCAACUGAGCCCUGCAGCCUCCUGGCAUCCUUGAGUCCUCGGGCGAUUCUCCCUCGGCGGCGGCGGGAGUUCCUCACUUCCAAGUGUUCUUAGAGAAUAAAAGUAGCUGGUAUUUA